GAGGGAGGCGCUGGGGACCCCCUGCUAGUGGUCACCAUCCCCACCUGUGCCCACAGGGGCAUCAUCAACGUGGCCUCGUCCACCAACCUGCUGACAGACUCCAAGAACGUGCAGCUGGUGCUGGACCCCAGCCUGCAGCUGCUGAGCCGAAAGCAGCGCAAGCUGAUCCGUCAGAACCCCGGCAUCCUGCACAGCGUCAGCUCCGGCCUCCAGACAGCCAUCAAGGAGUGCAAGUGGCAGUUCCGCAACCGCCGCUGGAACUGUCCCACCUCCCAGGGCCCCAACAUCUUCGGCAAAAUCGUCAACCGGGGCUGCCGGGAGACAGCAUUCAUCUUUGCCAUCACCAGUGCAGGUGUGACACACUCGGUGGCCCGGUCGUGCUCGGAGGGGUCCAUCGAGUCCUGCACCUGUGACUACCGGCGCCGUGGCCCUGGGGGGCCUGACUGGCACUGGGGGGGCUGCAGUGACAACAUCGACUUCGGUCGCCUCUUCGGGAGGGAGUUUGUGGACUCCAGUGAGAAGGGCCGAGACCUGCGUUUCCUCAUGAACCUGCACAACAACGAGGCCGGGCGCAUG